AUGGUCUGCAAUUUUCUAAUUAAUAAAAACCCAUUCAAUUUUAAACAAAAGAAGCAAUUAAUCGACUUACCAGUUGAAAUUUGGAUAAUGAUAUUGAGAUUGGUGCCUUUAAAUGAACUUAAAAAUCUAUGGUCACAAGAAAUUGUACUUAAUAGCAAGCUUGCAUACGUAAUUGGAUACUUACUAGUCAAUGGAGAUAUUCACAUAUAUAAGAUUUCUUCCAAAUAUUGGUCCUAUUUUGAGCCACCAUGCUUGAAGGCUCCGUUGGCUGCGAAAGAAUAUUUUAAUAUUCUACGGUUUGGUAAAAGAAAUAAUUUAGGUUUUAUUCCCAAGAGUAUAACCGUUAUAUUUUUCUUAUUUACAAGAAAGUGCUACUCGAAAUUAAAAAUCUUCCUUGAGUUCAUUUACAGUUGUAUAAAUGUUGGAUCUGUAAAUUCUGAAAUUGUUCUUGUAAAUGGCAAUUUGAAACUCUCUCAAUUACAAUUUGAUUUCGUUAAACCUUUCCAACGGGUUUAUCAAUUAUAUCUAUUCAAAGUCUAUUCAAAUACCAAGAUAACAGGAAAUAUAAGCAUUACUGACCUAGUAUUAGAGGUUGAUAAUCAGAAAAAUAUUACCCAAUAUCCAAAGCAGUUGAAAUAUUUAAAAAUUUCCCCUAAGUCGAAUACACAUCAAAAGGAUAUACACAUUUCAUUGAACACUCUUCCUUUCACUCUAGUACAUCUUAAGAUUGAUCAAAAUAUUAAUAUUUUGGAUAGUGGGAGAGAGUUUCCCAAAUUAGAAUAUUUUGAAUGCCUGGUCCAACAAACUAAUAAUCAUUAUCAUGUAUAUGAAUUUUUAUUAAAGAAUAGUCUAACGUUGAAACAUAUUCGUCUAGAAUAUAAUUCAUUGGAAGACUACAGUUUUAGUCGGUUUAGAGAGUUAAGAGUAUUAAACUUAGUCAAAUGUUCAAACAUACCCUUUCAUGAUUUGAAUGGCUUACACAAAUUAAGGCGACUUUCCUUAAUCGGUUGUGAUAUUUCUUCGAUUAAUAAUAUGAACUUUCCUCCUAAACUCAAAGAAAUUUACAUAUCUCCCGGUAAUAGAGAUAUCCUUCAAGGUUUGGUAUUGCCAAAUAGUUUAAAGUCAAUUACUAUUAUCGAUGUGGAGCAUGCUGUGAUUACUAGAGCAUAG